AUGGCUAGGUCUCUCUUAUCACCAGUGCUGAAACUGUUCCACCCUCAAACAAUUAAAGAGGCCAUCUAUGAUUUCGCCACCGAAUACGAAACACCGAAAGUCGUCACUAUUCACUCGCUAAAAUUUACACUUCUUUUGCGUGUUAUACAAGUUGUUAUUUUGCUCUACGGCGUUUUUUAUCUGCUCAUUUAUGAAAAAGGAUAUCAGAAACAAGAUACCACCAUCAUUUCAUGUGUUACACUAAAAGUCAAAGGUAUUGGUUACACAAAGCCAACAGUUGAGAAAGAGUUAACGAUUAUCGAUGUAGCCGAUUAUGUUAUACCCGCACUCGAAAAUUCGGCCAUUUUUAUAAUGACAAGUUUUAUACGUACUGACCAGAUGCUUUCGAAAUGUGAAGAAGCAAUAAGUGUUGACGAAGCAAAUUGUACGUCAGAUGAAGAUUGUAAGCGAAACAUAGACCCAUCAAAUACCAAUGGUCGAUGGACAGGCAACUGUUUAAUAAAAGAAAAUGCUACCAACGGUCUCUGUGAAAUUGCGGGAUGGUGUCCAGCGGAGAAUGAUAGAAUUCCCCCAGAUCGUAUACAAGAUAUAUUGAAUUUUACAAUAUUUUUAAAAAACUUUAUCGAGUUUCCCGAAUUUAAUGUUAUACGCAAAAACAUUCCUGAUAAUAUGCAACCGUGCGUUUUCGAUGAGAAUAAAGAUAAAACAUGUCCGAUAUUUCGUUUAUCACAAAUUAUUGAAGCAGUUGAAAGUGAAGCGGACGAACGUGAUCUGAUGCUGAAAUAUGGUGGGGUAAUUAAAAUUAAACUUGAUUGGGAUUGUAAUUUUGAUUUUGAUCCUAAACGAUGUGUUCCCAUCUACUCAUUUGGAAGGUUAGAUGCAAAAUAUAAAGAUGAAAAGUUUUCAAAAGGAUUCAAUUUCAGGUUUGCUUCUCACUGGAAACGUACCAGUCGUUCUUAUCGUAUACUAACCAAAGCUUUUGGUCUCCGAUUUAUCAUCAGUGUUAGUGGCAAAGGUGGUAGAUUUGACAUUAUCACGUUAACAUUCAACAUUGGUAGUAUCAUCGGUAUAUUCGGUUUGGCAUCCAUCCUUUGUGAUAUUGUCAUGUUACAUUUAUGUCGUAAUGCUCAUCUCUAUAAACAACAUAUAUUCCAACGCGUCGAUAAAACUACCAUAAAAAGUGCUCUCGUACAAAUGAUAACAGCUGUUUCACCAAAACAAAUGCAAAUUGAACAAGAAACAAAUGAUGAUCAUAGAUAUUCAACAGGAAAAGUACUUCUUAAAAGAUCAUUAUCGUUAGAUGAUCAACGUCUAGAUAGAGAAAUAAUGUUUGAUCAUCAUCCAUGUGUAACUAAAACAAGUCGCGACAUUCUUCUUACCGAUUCACCAAGUACUAUUCGACCAUUGGUUAUUCGAAAUGAUAAUACAAAAUCGAGUGUAAAUGAUAAACCAGCAAAACGUGUAUCACCAUUCAAUGGUCGAGUCAAAUUUCAAAUACCAAUGUUGAAAGAAGCCCCAGAAAAACUGCAAAAUCCAUUUUCAAGUUAUCCAUUAGAUGAUGUUAACAAUGCUCAUAGUUGA